UCAUAGUUCCAGAAGUUCUCGAGCCUUCCUUUUUUGAUUUCGAUUUCGAUCUCCAGUUGUCUGUUUCUCUCUCUCUCUCUCCCCCCCUUCCCUCUCUUGCUGCGUUGCGAUCCUCACACCACAAUCUCAUCCUUACAGAUUCGUCCUCUUCGUCUCGAUCCCGAACUGGAUGUAAAUUUGGAUUCCAAAUGGGUUUUCCACAUCAAUUUCGUUUUAGUCUUUUGGAGGUUUUGAUUCCAGGAAGAUACUGAACGCAGAGAGCAGAAUUGACUUAACCUCUCAUAUUGUGAAGGUUUUCUUGGUUAAAGGUUGUACUUGGAGAAGUCUAUGAAGACCCAAUAAAUGGAUUAGAAGAUGAACCAAGCUGGCGAAGGAAUCAAGGGACACGGAGCUGAGAAUAUCAGAGGUGUCACACGCCCAUAUAUCAGUUGCUUGGCCAUUACCCCAAAAAAAAAAAAAAAAAACCAGGGCUUUUGCUUGCCACUCAGAUUUGUCUCAAAAUUAGGUUGUUUUUUGUUCUGAUUUGUGUCCUUCAGUCAUGUUGUGUUUAUCCGUUUUUUAAUUGUAAAAAUUGUGAAAAACUGCAUUAAGGUACUCCCCCAACGAAAUCGUCAAUCACCUCUUCACCCAAGCUUUGAAUUUAGAAAGCAGUGGCUGCUACAGUACAACUCCAAUUGCAUAUCUUAUUUCUGUGCCUUCUGUUUAAUCCGUUGUCAGGGUUCUCAUCCCAUUAUCUGUUGUUUGGAGUUCAAACAUUUUUCAAGCCAUGUUAACAAGGUCUAGAAAUACCAAACUGAAUAGAAUGAUACAAGAAGGCCAUAUCGUUGGUUCUUCCAGUGGUAUACAAGUUUGUGAUAAACCAGGCUUUGAACCUCAGAACAAAAGACGAAAAGAAGAUCAUAUUGUUGGUUCUUCCAGUGGCAUACAAGUUUGUGAUAAACCAAGUUUUGAAUUUGAAAACAAAAGACAAAAAAAUGUUGACAAUGUGUGUUCAACAAGUACAAACACAGUUCAAACAAUUGUCAAUGUCGAUACAUUUGAUAAUCCGAAUCAAAUUAGUAAAGGUCAAGCCAAUUUUCAGAAAAAUAAAAAAGGAAAUGUUCAGAAAUAUGUGGAUUUGGGAGACAAAAAUUAUAAGUGCAUCCAUUGUGGUGCACUUUUUUGGCUAAAAGAGUCUUUAAAGCAGAAGUCCAAGAAUAAUGAGCCCCUUUAUUCUCUUUGUUGCCAACAAGGAAAAGUCAAGCUUCCACGUCCAAUGCCUACUCCUCACUUUUUAGAAAAUUUGCUUGACCCAACUAAAGGCCAAACAAGCUUAUUGUUUAGACAAAACAUUAGAGCUUAUAAUUCAAUGUUUGCAUUUACUUCAAUGGGAGCUAAAGUUGAUCACACAGUUAAUAAUCAAUCAGGCCCUUACAUUUUUAAAAUUAGUGGUCAAGUGCAUCAUUUAAUGGGCUCUUUAUUACCCCCUGAUGGUGAAUGUCCAAAGUUUGCACAACUAUAUGUGUAUGAUACUGCUAAUGAAAUUGGAAAUCGUCUCAAUGCUGUUAAUUGUAAGGAAACAAAUAUGAAGCUUGAUCAGAAUAUUGUCAAAGGUUUGAUCAACAUGUUCAAUGAAUCAAAUGAAUUGGUUCAAGUGUUUCGAACAAUUAGAGAUAAAUUUGAAAACAAUUCUCUUCCUUCUUUGAAAAUAACUAUAUUGGGUAGGCAAUUAAAUGAUGAUAAACAAUAUGGACAGCCUAUAUGUGAUGAAAUCGCUGGUUUAAUUGUGGGUGAUAUUGGUCAAUUUGACUCAAAUAGAGAUAUUGUCAUAGAGUUUAAAGAUGGUGAACUAAAACGUGUGACAAAAUUAAAUCCAAAAUUUAUGUCUUUACAAUAUCCCAUUCUUUUUCCAUAUGGUGAAGAUGGAUACAGACCUGAUUUGAAAUUGAAUAUUCCCUCAAACAAUCGCCCAUGUAAAAGAGGAAGAGUGACUAUGAGAGCAUUUAUAGCCUAUCAAAUUCAAGAAAGGGAGUCUCAAGUAGAUACAUUGUUAAAAGGAGGAAGACUUUUUCAACAAUUUUUGGUGGAUGCUUAUGCAACACUUGAAGAGGAUCGAUUGGAUUACAUUAGAAAAAAUCAAAAAAAUUUACGAAGUGAGGUGUAUAAAGGUAUUUAUGACGCUGUAUCAAAAGGUGAUCAUGAUGCUGAUAACAUAGGCAAAAAAGUAAUAUUACCUAGCUCAUACACAGGAAGCCCUAGAUAUAUGCUUAACAACUAUCAAGAUGCAAUGGCUAUUUGUAGACAAUUUGGUAAUCCUGAUUUGUUCAUAACAUUCACUUGCAAUAUCAAAUGGCCUGAAAUUGUGAGAGAAUUUGAUAUAAAACUUGGAUACAAGUCAGAGGAUAGACCAGAUAUCAUUUCUAGGGUUUUUAAGAUGAAACUUGAUGAUAUGAUUUGCUACAUAAAAUCAGGAGAACCUUUUGGAGAAGUUGAAGUAGAAUUGCCAUCAAAGUUUCUAUGGGAAUCUCGACAUAAGAUUUGGAAGCCUAGGAAAAGAAAAGGAGGAUCCAUAGGCAGAAUUGCCUACGUGCAUCCUGCAUCAGGUGAGUUAUACUAUUUAAGAAUGCUUCUCAAUAUUCAAAAAGGUGUUCUCAAUUUUGAUGACAUUAGAACUGUGAACGGCAUUAUUCAACCAUCGUAUCAAGCUGCGUGUAAAUGUUUGGGUUUACUAGGGGAUGAUAAAGAGUGGAUUGAAGCUUUAGAAAAUGCAGUUAAUAUUGCAACAUCUCGCGAGUUGAGGUGGUAG